UGUCAUCCCCGGCUGCCCCCUGUCUACCGGUUAUACAUCGUGGCCCGUUUGGUAUAAAGACGUCCCCUGGGCCCCAGAUAAUAGCAACCUCAUUUCCGCUGAUGGAAUCCCUUAUCCCGAUACUCGCUACGAGAUCGCGCGAUCUCAACAGUUUCUACGGAUAUGUACCCACAGAAUGGAUUUGCAUACUCUUUGUUGUUCUGUAUGCGCUCAGCACUGCAAUCCAUUUCGGUCAAGCAUGCUGGUAUCGUGUCUGGUGGAUGAUUCCAACUGCGUGUGUUUGUGGUAUACUCGAAAUCUUGGGCUGGGCCGCAAGGAUGUGGUCUAGUCAUUCGCCUGGUCUGGCUGAGCCUUAUGAGAUGCAAAUUACCUGUACCAUUCUCGGGCCAACUCCUCUGAUUGCGGCUACAUUCGUUAUACUGGGAACAGUCAUCGAACAACUAGGGUCCUCAUACAGCCGAUUGAGUCCAAGGAUGUAUACUGUGUUCUUCUUCAGUGCUGAUGUGAUUUCUUUGAUUGUUCAAGCUGUGGGAGGAGCCAAGGCUGCUGGGGCAGUGGCUCAAAACACGAGCCCCGUUUCGGGAGGUCAGAUCAUGCUCGGCGGUAUUGCCUUUCAACUCGCCGUGAUCACUGUGUAUCUCCUGUGUGGCGCAGAAUUUUUUUACCGAUACUUGAGGGAUCAGCCCCUCCGAGACCCUGGAACGUUGCAUGAAGGAAACAUUCGACGAGGUGCAUUGAGCAAAAGAUUGCAAGUACAGGCGGGUGGUUUAAUGUUCAUGACAAUCUGUUUGUGGAUUCGGUCUGUUUAUCGAACGAUAGAGCUUGCGGACGGUUGGACUGGCAGAAUCAUCACGACCCAAAUAUACUUCAAUGUUCUGGACGGUGCCAUGGUCACUCUUGCGAUUUUCACCUUGAACUUCGCACAUCCUGGCUUGCUUUUGAGCGAACCUGGGAAACCUGGUCUUCAAUCGGUCGACGAGGGGAAAGAUUCGAUUGAGGAGAAAGUAUCCUUGCAUUAGAGAUCGCUCAUGAUAUGUAUCUACUACUGUAUACUACAAUAAUCACAUUGACAUUGUUCCCGUUGUGACCCGUCUAUCUAUAAUACCCACUUUGAAGUAAAGAAUGAACAAGUCCAGACUACGAG